AUGAGUGCUUAUUUUCUGAAAACAUUUUAUGUUCUUCUCAUGCUUUCUUUGCUUGCCUCAGGAAUUAGUGUGACAAUGAAGAACUCAAGUGAAAGUGGUGAAGCAAAGUGCAUAAAGAGUGAGAGGGAAGCACUCCUGAGCUUCAAAGAAGGCCUCAUAGAUGACUUUGGCAUGCUCUCCACUUGGACCAAUAAUACUGAUUGCUGCAAAUGGAAACGCAUUCUCUGCAACCAUCAAACUGCUCAUGUACAACUGCUUGAUCUUCAUGGAAACUUCGACUAUACACCGUAUUUGAGAGAUUCCUUCUACACUUGGAAAUCUCUCUCAGCUCCUAUUCAGAUUGGAAAUCUCAAGCACUUACAGCAUCUCGAUCUUGGAGCAUUUUUUCUUUCCGGAAAAAUCCCAUGUCAAAUUGGAAAUCUCAGACAGCUACAAUAUCUCAGUCUUGGGAGUAACACUAUUCUAUACAAAACGAAUACGCCAAACUAUAUCUCAAAUUCCCUUUCUGGAGCAAUCCCUUUUCGCAUAGGGAAUCUUCCAUUGUUGCAUACUCUACGACUAGGUGGCAAUUUUGAUAUAAAAGCUAAGGAUGCAAAAUGGCUGUCCACUCUCGAUUCCUUAACCAUUCUUGGGCUGAACUCAUUGCAUCAUCUUAGUUAUUCUCACCAGUGGCUACAAAGUAUCAGUAAAUUAAUUUCAAACUUGAGCGAGUUGAGUCUAAUUAACUGUGAUCUUUUGGAUAAUGAUGUUCAAUCUUUGUUCCAUUCUCAUUUGUCUAACUUUUCCACUUCUCUCAACGUGCUAGAUCUCUCUUGUAAUAUGUUGACAUCAUCAACUCUUCAACUCUUGUUUAACUUUAGCUUUCAUCUUCAAGAGCUUUAUCUUCCUUAUAAUAAUAUUGUUUUCUCAUCUCUAUGCCCAAAUUUUCCAUCUCUGAAGAUCCUCGACCGCUCUUACAAUAAUCUAACAUCAACAAUGUUUCUAGCCAAUUUUAAUAUCAGCUCCAGACUACAAGUGCUUCUGCUACGGAACUGCAGUCUUAUAGAUAGAAGUUUCCUUGUUUCACCUACUUCUACUUAUGCCUCAUCUAUUCUCUAUCUUGCUCUCUCCCAUAACUUGUUAAAAUCGUGCUCUGUAUUUCACUGGCUUUCUAACUUCACUACCAGUCUUCACACACUUCGUCUUGAUUAUAAUUUGUUGGAAGAUCCCAUUCCAGAUGGAUUUGGGAAAGCAAUGAACUCUCUUGAAAAUCUUUAUGUAUCGGAUAACAAACUACAAGGCAAGGUUCCGUCUUUCUUUGGGAUCAUGUGCAAAUUACAGAGGUUAGACCUCUCAAGAAACAAGUUUAAGGGCGAAUUUCCGAGCUUCAUUCAGAAUUCUUCAUGGUGUGGCAGACACAUAUUUCGGGAAUUGAGCUUAUCUCAUAACCAAAUUACUGGCAAGAUACCCGAGAGCGUCAGAUUGCUAUCUGAGUUGCAGAUUUUAUCGUUGGAGGAAAAUUCUUUAGAGGGUGAUGUCACUGAAUCUCAUCUUUCUAAUUUUUCCAAAUUAUAUUUGUUAUACUUGUCACACAACUCAUUGUCACUAAAAUUUGUCUCUAAUUGGGUUCCACCUUUUCAAUUAAUGUUUUUGGGUCUUGCAUCUUGCAAUCUAGGUCCGAAUAUUCCUAGCUGGCUUCAAACUCAAAAUUCUUUACUACAACUAGAUAUAUCUGAUAAUCAGCUGAAUGAUUCCGUACCAGAAUGGUUUUGGAACAAAUUGCAAAUUAUGUACGAGUUGAAUAUGUCUCACAAUAAUUUCAUUGGUUCAAUUCCUAACAUGAAAUUAAGGCUUCCUUUCAGACCAUCAAUAAAUUUAAAUUCAAAUAAAUUUGAGGGAAAAGUCUCAUUAUUCUUGCUACAAGCUUCCGAGUUGUUGCUCUCUGCAAAUAAAUUUUCAGAUUUCUCAUGUGGAAACCUGACCACAUCAAACUUGGGCACUUUAGAUUUAUCGUAUAAUCAAAUAAAGGGGCAGCUCCCGGAUUGUUGGAAAUUUGUCGACCGAUUAUUAUUUCUUGAUUUAAGUAGCAAUCAAUUGUCAGGAAAGAUUCCUAUCUCCAUGGGAACCCUUGUGAAAUUGGAAGCUUUGGUUUUACGAAACAAUAGAUUAAUGGGUGAAUUGCCGUUCUCUUUGAAGAAUUGCAGGAAUUUAAUUAUGCUGGAUGUUAGUGAGAAUAUGUUGUCCGGUCCAAUACCAGCAUGGGUUGGAGAAAGCAUGCAACAAUUGAUAAUCUUGAUCAUGCGAGGGAAUCACUUCUCAGGAAAUCUUCCCUCUCGUCUAUGUUAUUUGAAACAUGUUCAAUUGUUGGAUCUUUCCAAAAAUAAGUUAUCAGAAGGAAUUCCAACUUGCUUAAACAAUUUUACUGCAUUAUCUGAAAACAGCAUCGACAGAACAGAAACUGAAAGUCGUGUGCAUUGGUACAAUAGUACUUACUACGAAAUUUAUAAUCUUUUCAGUGGUAGUUAUUAUAUGUUUCGUAUAACCUGGAUGUGGAAAGGUGAUGAACGCAACUUCACACAACCCGAAUUGAUUCUUCGGAGUAUUGAUCUCUCAUGUAACAAUUUAACCGGUGAAUUGCCGAAAGAGAUUACAUACUUGCUCGGGUUAGUUUCUUUGAAUUUAUCAAGAAACAAUUUGAGAGGAGAAAUUCCUUCCGAGAUUGGAAAUUUAUGUUUACUUGAAUCCCUUGACUUAUCAAGAAAUAAAUUCGAGGGGAGAAUUCCUUCAUCUCUUUCUGAAAUGGAUUUUCUCCAAAUAUUAGACUUGUCACACAACUCUCUUUCUGGAAGAAUCCCAUUGGGAAGACACUUGGAAACAUUUGAUGCCUCUUGUUUUGAAGGAAAUGUUGAUCUUUGUGGUGAACAAGUUAACAAGAGUUGUUCUGGGGAUCAGACAUUAGUAAAGCCUCAAAAAGAAGAAGCCCAUGGAGAAUAUCAUGUUUUCUAUGAAGCAUUAUACAUGAGCUUGGGGAUAGGAUUCUUCACAGGCUUUUGGGGCUUAUUAGGUCCAUUACUACUUUGGCAACCAUGGAGAAUCACUUAUCUGAUGUUCUUGAAUAAACUGAUAGACUAUUUACUUGUAAUGGUGGCAGUGAACUUUGCAAAGUGCCAAAGGUAUAUCAGAGACUAA